CCUCCGGCGUCCUCCGCCCGCAUCGACUCCGGCCGCUCCUCUCACCACCACUCCCCUCCCAUGGCGGCGAACCAGCCGGCGGGCGAGGCCCUGGCGGCCAACAUCUCCGCCAUGUCCCGCCCCGAGAUGUACGACCUGAUGUCCCAGAUGAAGGUCAUGAUCGACCACGACCAGGAGAGGGUGCGACGGAUGCUCGUCGACAACCCGGACGUCACCCGCGCUCUCUUUCGGGCACAAGUAGUACUUGGAAUGGUGAAAACUCCUAAAACUGCACAAUCUUCAGACAUGGCCCAACCUACAGCUCUGCAGGCAACACCAUCUUCAUCUGUUAAAACUACAGUUCAAGAUCAUGCUAGCUUCCCCAAACCUCAGUUACCUGCCAAUCAGCAGAACAUGCAACAAUCUGGCCCAUUUUCAUCUGGCUCAUCUAACAUGGCAUCAUCUUCGGACCUCCCAGCUAUGUCAGCCAACCCCCAACAAUCAGCACAAGCUAAAGGUUAUCCUAUCCAUCAAAUGCCUCCUGCAUCAACAACUCAGACAUCCCAGCAUCCAAAUGUUACCCUACCUCCUCAUGUUCCAUCACAGUAUUCAAAUAUUCCAUCACAUAUGCCAAUAGUUCAUAGUCAGCCACAGCAACCUUUGCAAAAUCCUGGAAUGUUUAACCAACAGUUACAACCACCCUUGCCCCAGUUGCCUAGGCCUCCCAACAUGCAGCCCUUCGCACAUCAGAUGCAUCCGCAAAUAACCAGUUCAUUUGGUCUGAGUCAUACAAAUGCUCCUCAGCACAUGUUGCAACAACCAAUGUUUCAUCCAGGUGGGAACCCACAAACUUCCUUCCUUACAGGUCAACCACCAUUGCCUAAUCAACCGCCACCAUUGCCUAACCAGCCACCACCCCAGCUAUACCAGGGUAAUUCACAUGCCGCAUCACACUACAAUUCUCAAAGCAUGCAAAUGGAUAGAUCAACUCCAUGGGGGCGGAGUAACGCGGAAGCAUCUUCAGCUGGUUCCCAUUUUCCUGGGCAUCUACCUGGGUUGCCUGGACAGAUGACCCAAGGAAUUGGUGGUAUCCAUUCAGCUCGCCCUGAAGCACCUUUGACACCUGAGAUGGAAAAGAUGCUCGUACAGCAAGUCUUGAGCAUGUCACCUGACCAGAUCAGUAUGCUGCCUCCAGAACAACGACAGCAAGUCCUUCAACUACGAGAUGUGCUACGGCAAUGACACACAAGCUGCUUAUGCGUAGAACAACUCCAUUCCAAUAGAGCCCUUCGGAUCAAACCUGUUGUCCAUGCUAAUCUUAUGCUUCGAUACCCACCUUCUGAGCAGCCACCAUUAAGCUGAUUGACAUCUCGACUAGUCUGCAACUUACCUUGAAAUUUUUGUUGUACAAUGCUAGUCUCUGCCAUUAGUUAUGGUAAAUGUUUGAACAUGUAUUAUGAUUCAUGACCGACAAGUGAACAUCAUACUUUUGUUACUUUUCCUACAACACUUCAAAGCCUUGUUCAAUUGACGAUUGAAUUCAUGUGUCUAGUGGCAUGGUGCUCUUGAGAUGUACUAGUAGGAUCUAUUUAUGGGAGUUAAUGAUAUUAUACCCUUGGUUUUUUUACCGUUUGUCAACGCCUGCCAAUCUGGUAUUCUGGUGGU